AUGACAAUCUUAUCUGAUUCUCCUAACAAACUCAGAGGAAACAACGACAUCGUGCAAAAACUCUGCAAAGAAAACGAAGGGAAGCCCAAAUGCUGCGUGCUAAAGAGAGAGGAAAAACGCUCCUAUGGGGAAUUUGAAUGCCGGCAAACUGAAGGGAAUUUUAGACAAAGUCUGCUUCAGUCUCUCGAGGAAUUUAAAGAGGACACAGGUUAUAGGCAUUUUAAUAAUGAAGAAAUGACAAGAGAUGCGAUAGAAAGGUUUUUGGGAGAGAUAAGGGGUCUGAGAAAAAGCUUUAGGCCUCUGCAUUCUAACCACCGGCAUUCCUUACACUAUUUAUUGCAUUUCUCAUAA